UGCAGGCAGAUAGUAAGGCCUCGGCACGUUCAAUAUAAGUGUGCAAGUGCACUGGCCGAGAAGCGGAGAGCAGCACCUAAGUCCUCAAACACACAGCUUAAUUAUCCCCCAAAUCCUCCGGUCGAGACAACCAUGCCGGUCCGGAACAUUGCCGUGGGUAGGCCCCAGGAGGCCAUGCACCCAGAUGCCUUGAAGGCUGCUUUGGCAGAGUUCAUCUCGACGCUCAUUUUUGUGUUUGCCGGCGAAGGCUCGGGCAUGGCGUUUAACAAGCUAACAAACGACAGCUCGACUACCCCAGCUGGGCUUGUGGCCGCUGCCCUGGCCCACGCUUUCGGUCUUUUUGUCGCCGUCUCAGUCUCCGCCAACAUCUCUGGUGGCCACGUCAACCCGGCUGUCACCUUUGGCGCCUUCAUCGGUGGUAACAUCACCCUCUUGCGUGGCAUCCUAUACUGGAUAGCCCAGCUCCUUGGGUCCACCGUUGCUUGCCUGCUUCUUAAGUUCUCCACCGGCGGCUUGACCACCAGUGCAUUCUCUCUGUCUUCAGGAGUGAGCCCCUGGAACGCCUUCGUCUUCGAGAUUGUGAUGACUUUUAGUUUAGUUUACACAGUCUACGCCACUGCACUCGACCCAAAGAAGGGUAAUCUGGGAGUUAUCGCCCCCAUUGCCAUCGGAUUUAUCCUGGGUGCUAACAUUCUAGCGGGUGGUGCGUUUGAUGGAGCUUCCCUGAACCCAGCAGUGUCGUUCGGUCCCGCCUUGGUGAGUUGGUCCUGGGAGAACCACUGGGUGUACUGGGCUGGGCCUCUUAUCGGUGGUGGACUAGCGGGAAUUGUCUACGACUCCUUUUUCAUCAACCAAACUCACGAGCAGCUGCCUGGUCUGACAGACUAUUGAAAGAAGAGAACUGCUAGUACAUUUAAGAGAUUAAUGAAAAAUAAAUUUAUAAAUUAAUAUGAAUUUUAUGAUAAAAUCUAUAAUAUGAUUAUCACAUUAAAUUACAUUAAUUUAUAAAUUUAUUUUUGCAUAAUUACUUUAUUGGUUUCUAAAGGAUUAGAAACUGUGGAUCAUUAUUUUGGUCAUUGUAUGAACGGUCGUACAUAUUUUAAUUAAACCUUUUCAAGAAUUCUUAAGUUUA